AUGCAUUUCAAGAGACACUCCUUAACACACCGAGAGCAGCAGAGUGAGUUCUAUCCUGACAUGGUCACUCAUGGCCAUACAACGUUCCACUCAGGCUCGGCGGACGUCGACUCGAGACCAUCCCAAGUCACAAAGACAGACAACCCUCCUCAUACAGACCCCCCCGGCCACCGUCAGAUUGCUCAGCUUCCUACAAACGCUCCUGAGAUUUCCCCUUCAGCAAAAGAUACAACUUUUCUGCGAAGUGUUGCCCUUAAUCAUUGUACACGACCAAACACCGCCUCGCCGCCAACUGAUGCACUCAGUAGAAUAUCCUCGCUACCAAGCGCAACCAUGAACGCACAACGCCGAUCCAUUUUAUUAAAAGACCAUUCCCCUAGGGAACCCAUCCAGACUAUCAUUUCAUCUUCUGGCUCCCCGAAGUUGUCCGAGAAUACAACCCGCCGUCGCUCAAACCGACAAAGAAAGGAUCCUAGCACGUACAAUCUACGAAUUCUGUCAGGGCUCGAGAAAGAGCAGAUAACAGAACCUUCUAGUGCUGCUGAUGGUGACUCGGUUCAUGGCUCUGUAUUCUCGCGGCCUCCGGAUCUGUCAAAGAAUCCGCCAGCACCUCCAAACCGGAAUAUCGAGCGACUGCUGCUGAAUCGGGAAUUGCAAGGCCAAAACGCACAUGGGACAAUUCACAAGAACACGGCGGGUGAUCUUAAAAAGUGGAAGUCAUGGACUGGUGCCUCGAGCGAUGUGGUAGCCUUGGCAUGGUCCCCGGAUGGUACCAGGUUUGCAGCAGGCGCAAUAGCCUCUCCGGAUGUUUACAACCGUAAUAAUAAUCUUCUUGUGGGUGACCUUGUCAGUAGUGCCCUUUAUGAGCUUCCUGACCACUGGACUCUUCAUCCAUCCAACGGUGAGCGCAUAUACGCCAGUGUGACGGAUACCCAGUGGGUCGGCCAACGGCUAUACACAUCAAGCUACGACAACACAGUGAAGAUUUGGGAUGCAGGAAAUGAAGGACGGCCCUCUCGAGUGGGAACUCUGCAGCAUGAUUCUCAAGUCGUGGUGAUGGCUGUCUCAGGUCUCCAACCCAAUCUCAUUGCCACAGGUACCAAAAGCUUCCAGCUCUGGAAUAUCCGUGAAUCCCAAAGCCAAACGUGCAAGCCGCUUCCAAUUCAGCGUUCAAAUCGACAAAAGUCCGGCAUUGACCUUAGGCCGACGACUCUUGCAUGGGGUCCCCACCAUAUGACAAGCCAAUUUUUAGUCGGUGGUAUGACGGAACAGGCAGAUGAAGAGUUUCGAGUCCCUUCCUAUGGUCAUAUAGGCUUGUGGAGAAUCGGCGAAUCUUCCAUAUUGCCCGGAAAACUAGAUCGCGGAUCUCAGAACGUUUUCGAUAUCAGGUGGGAUCCGUUGCUACCUCGGCUUGCCACAGCUACAACAACACAUGCUGCAAUGAAUCUUCCCUCGGGUUCUCGGUCGGUCGUUCAGGUUUACGACUACGUCUCUGCGGAUGACAGGUUUGUAUCCACGAGCGUCUUCCCCUGCACGGCCGCAGAUAUUAACGUGGUCGGCUUUUGUCCUGUGGAUUCCUUGUAUGUGACGGCUGGUUGUACCGACGGCCGAACCUAUGUCUGGGACAUUCGAAACUCGUCACGGACUUUACAUCGGCUUAAUCAUGGGAAGCCGCUCGACCCAUUGAACCAUGAGCAUACACGGGAGCUAACCGAUUUCGGUGUUACGGUGACUCUAUGGGGAUCUACAAUCGACCACUUUUACACAGGGGCCUCUGAUGGAUGUCUCAAUCGAUGGGAUAUCCGUCGGUCUCCUGAAGAUGCGCUGAGAGAAACCUUCUCCUUUGGAGAAGGUAUUGUCAGCGGGUCUUUCUCGGGUGAUAAAUCUCAGCUUUUGAUUGGAGAUCAUCGUGGAGGGAUAUCAAUUUUAUCUUCGGCUCCGAUGUCAGAUCCUAGCGAUAACUUGUUUGCUUUCGAGAGAGCCCCUGACGACACCGUGUCUGACACGAUGACAGGAGUUCAGAUCUGUGAGGAACUCCUCACUUCCGGCCAGCUCGAAAUGGAUCCCAUUUAUGGUCCAGUACAGGGGCCUAAUUACAAAGGCCCGUAUGCUCUUUGGGCCCGGGGUCUUUCGCAAGAGAAUUCAUCAGAGGUCAACCCGCCUGAGGCCCCUCUCUUGAGAGAAUACCAACUUCGACAAUUUCACGGGGCUCCACCUCGAGAACGGGAUGGCCUAGAUGCCCACGCCAAAGAAGAACUUGAGCGACGAAUUCGUCUUGCGAAGUGCCGGAAUAAUUUCUGCGCGAAGUUGCGCAAGAACCACCGGGUGUCAGGGAAUCGUAAAAGAAAACGUCGAAGCUCCGGGCUUUCUGGGAAGCCUUCCGAGAGUGGCGGCAAGAAAGAGAUGAAGAAGAAGAGGAAGAAGGAGGGGAAGAAGAAUCAGAGGCAAAAUAUCCCGUCCAACAUGUGGCGAGAGCACAAUGGGGUCAUCGAUCUAACGGGGGAUGAUUCACCCGUGCUAGCCGCCCAAGGGGACACCAUGGACUCGUCUUCUAUUUCGCUUCUUGAUCGCCUCGAGGCAUCCGAGUCGCAUGAGCUUGGACCCUCGCCGCAAGAUAUUGAAGAUCGAUUAGAAGAAGAUUAUUGGUGGCCUGAUAGUUCAAAGUACGAUGCCAAUAUCUGUGAAAGCGACUAA